CACACAAAUCACAGAUGCAGCUGCAACAGCUUACCAUUUGACAUUUCACACACUCUGAGACAGCUACGAGAUCGAGAAGUUUAAAGCCUUUACAGGAAGCUGCAGAUCUUGGCUUUGGGACUGGAAUCAUGUCUCUGGAAGUGAAGGAAAAGACAGAAGUGCGCUUGGUGUUCAUGGGAGCCGCAGGUGUGGGAAAAACAGCACUGAUUAAACGCUUCCUACAAGACAGCUUUGACCCCAAACAUCGGCGCACAGUUGAGGAGCUCCACAGCAAGGAGUAUGAGGUGGCUGGAGUCAAAGUGACCAUUAACAUCAUGGACACGAGCGGCAGCUACUCCUUCCCAGCCAUGCGAAAGCUCUCCAUCCAGAAUGGAGAUGCAUUUGCCCUGGUCUACUCCGUGGAUGACCCCGAAUCCCUAGAAGCCGUCAAGAGACUGCGUGAGGAAAUCCUGGAGGUCAAGGAGGACAAGUUCACACCCAUCGUGGUGGUGGGCAACAAAAAAGACCGACUGCAUGAACGAAGGGUAUCGGCGGAUGAUGUGCUGGUGAAGGUGGAACUGGACUGGAACAACUGUUUUCUGGAGGCCUCGGCUAAAGAAAACGAAAACGUGAUGGAGGUGUUCAAGGAGCUGCUCCAGCAAGCAAACCUCCCAAGCCAUCUCAGCCCAGCUUUACGCCGUCGCAGAGAGACCAUUCCCAAGGACACGAGCCUGCGACCACCCAUGAAUAAGACCAACAGCUGUUCUGUCUCCUAAAGCUGGUAAGAAAAAGAUUAGCGAGAGCAGAAAGGGUUGACCUGCUUCUCAACGCCAAUGUUGAAGCAAAGUGAAGAUGUGGAAGGUUCUUUGAAGGCAAGCAAAGAUGCUUUUGUUACAUAGCGCAACUUCCCCUAAUCCUGCUCCAAAAUCAGCAUCCUCCACAGUGAUGAAGGAAAAGGGACAUUGAUUACAGAUAAAGGGGAGAAUGAUCAAAGGACAAUGAAUUGUUGCAUUUGUGCAAAGAAUCUCUUGAAUGUUUUGACAGUGGUUUUGAGUUCCUGAAGUUCAGUUGUGUGAUCUGUGUAAAGAGCUACUGCAAUAUUCAAUCAUGUAUGUGUCAAAACGCUCUGACUUUGCAAUAUUGUAAUGCCGUAGCAUUAAGGUUUUUUCUUUUUCUUUUUUUUUUUUUACCAUAA